AAUUGGAAAUGGAGCAAUUACUAUAUCCGUUUAGGUGACCGCCGCAUCAAAACAUAGCCACAACCCCCAACGAAGUUGGCUUGGUCGGUGAAAUUAGUCAACCCCCCCCCCUUCCUCUUUUUCACUAUGUAAUGAUGUUUCUUCUUCCAGGCAAGGCUUUCCGAGAGGCCGACAGGCAGCUCCAGCUGGCCAGAGGGGUGCUGUUCUUGAGUUGGUAAUCUUACCAAUCCGACGACGAGACAGUGAUGGCACCACGCAGACGAUAACUAGACCGCAGCUCAGCCUCACGCCUCAACUUUAUGAGCACAAGGCUGCGGAAACAGUUGUAAACCCUGGCAGCUUGUGACGGAAAAUAUAACAGAUGAUUACCCUCCUCUCUGCCGCGUCGGCCUGAGAGUCCUGAGAACCCUGAGAGGCACUUCCUGUAUCCUUUUACGCAGUCCCACCUGUUGUCGCUCAGGCCCUUCUCUGGCUGGACUAAAGACGAAACAAACGCCUUCGUUCGGCCGACUGAAACAUCAACCGUCUUUCGAACUGGACUCGCUGUCAAAGCACCCGUUCGUGCAACGACCGUCACUACUUCGUCCCCGACAUUAAAGGCCCGGCCAUGGCCGUGCAAGUCGUGCCAGGUUUUAGCCUGACGAACCGGUGGCUCCUAUAUACCAGCUACUUCCUAGCUCCGGCACAGUUCGUGUCGGGACUGAACAGCAACUGCCCUAGCGACAUCGGCUUUCUCGCAUAUAACUGGUACACCCAGAUCCAAUGGUACAAGCUCAUGUCGGGCAAGGACGAGAUCCACGCCAUCUCCCUACUCCUGCCGCACUUCAACCUGCUCUAUUGUCAUGCUACUUAUGGGUUGGCCGCUCGUUAUGUGGACAGAGCUUAUCAUAUCGCGAAACCAUCUCGAGUCGGAGACCGAUAUGAUAGCUGUAUGGCUCUUUGUUGCCCAGGUGGCGACAAUGUUGAUGCCUAGCUGUGGUGCUCGUCUGUCGUGUUGCGGAGGCGUGCUGGGACGUCGCAAGUCUUCUUCUGUUGUCUGAUUGGAAUAUGUAUGGCCUACUGGCCGGUGUCAAUUGCUCAUUUUUCCCUGUCCUUGCUUCUGCAUGACGGCCUGAACUACGAAUUCCUUGGUAGUGUAGUCCGUACUGUGGUCCAUAUUCAAGGGUACACAAGGUAGGCCAAGUGGAACUUCGAGGCCGGGCGGGCCAAAAAGACGAAUAAAAACCAUACAACAUCCGGCAUUCGCUGGUCGUCACCGACCCAACUACUACCCGGACCCUCAUGCAUCUUACCUUUUAGGAUCGGAGGGGUCAAAAUUCGGAGCGUUUUAGGAUCUAAAAACGGGCUCCUUUCUGCCUCUGUUAGUGCAGUCCGUUGUUCUAACGGUAGUGCGGGGUGUACUAUAGAACCGUCCAGGUACAUGUACGGCGAAGGCCCUAUAUGAUUAGCUC